UGUAAUAAGAUCAAUAGUAUGAGCGGUUUAUUGUUUCCUUCAGCUGCGCACCUACUUACACAGAAAUUUGAUACUUUAGAUGAAGAUCAUAAAAAUGUCCCCUCAUAUAACGAGUUGAAAAUAUUAAAAAAAGAAAAUGAAUAUAAUGUUUGUGUCAAUGAAGAAAAUGUUUAUACUGAGGAUGAAGACAUGAGCUGGGAAAGUGGUAGUUUAACUGAAAAUGAGAAUAUAAAGGCUGUUAAAAAAAAAAAAAAAAAAAGUAAAGAGAAGAAGAAAAAAAGAAAAAAAGAAAGGCAAAAAAAAAAAAAAGAUAUUUGCAAACCUGAUAUAACAUGGUUAGAAAAUACAUCUUUAACUAUUAAAGAUGCUUAUAAAAAAGACACUAAAGGUGAUAUUAAAAAUUUCGAGUUUAAUGGACUUUAUAAAUGUAAUAUUCCUUCUUAUCAUGAAAAAUUAACUUUUUUGUGUGUUGGUUUAGGAAGCAGUUAUUUGAAAUUUUUUAAGCAACUUAAAAGAAAGAAAAAGAAUAAAGAUGUUAAUAUUCGGUAUUUCAAAAAUCAAAAUAAAAUAAAGCAAGUAAGCAUUUCAACUGAAAAUGUUUUUCCUCAACACGUUGAAAGUAAGGAGUUUCUUCCAAUGAUUUCACUUAAUGAAUCAACAACAGACAAUAAUUCAACAAGUUAUAUUAGUGCUGCAUAUUUAGAAGAAAAUAAAAAAUUUUCUCAGUUGCUUUUGGAACAACCUGAAAAUGAAAAAGCAUGGUUAGACUUUGUUGAUUAUCAAGAUCUUUUAUUUUCUUGUGAGGAACCUUUAAGCUCUUCCUGUAAAGUUGUUUUAGAAAAAAAAGCCAGCAUUUUGGAAAAGGCUCUUUCUUAUAACCCUGUAUCAGUUAGACUGAUACUUAAGUACAUGAAUAUUGUAAAACAAAUAUGGACAUCUGAUAAACUAUAUACAAAGUGGAAGGAUUUGAUAUUUCAGUUUCCAAAUAAAACAUUAAUAUGGAAAGAAUACUUGUUAUUUACACAAUCUGAUUUAUUAUCUAACAAAGUAUCUAAAGUUAUUUCAGAAUAUAAUCGUUGUUUUCGCAUGCUUUUUGGAAUUUUAAAUGGAACUGUUUUGUCUCAUAAAGCAGAAGAAAAUAUGUUGGAGGGUAUAGUAGCAAUAUAUAUACAGCUUGUGUCAUACCUCUGGCUGGCAGGAUACAGUGAAAAAGUUACUUGUAUGCUGCAAUGUAUAAUUGAAUACAAUGUUGCACAUCCCAAAGAAACAAGUAAUGAAAUAAACAAGUUAAAGUUGUUUGAAGAUUUUUAUAACAAAGGUUUACCAAGGUUGGGUGAAUCUGGUGCUGUUCAUUGGAAUUUAGAGGAGUUGAAAAAUAAUGUUGCACCAAUCAAGUUUAAUGAUUCAUUGGAAGAGCUAUCUUUUGAAAUAUCUCUUGAAAACUUAAAAAAUUCAACUACAUCAAAAGAUAAAGUAUGGUUACAUCUUGAAAAGGUACGAAGUUUACUUGAGGUUUUGCCAUUUAAAAAUGAUCUGGAAUCAUGCGAAGAUCCAGAAAGAAUUGUAUUUUUUGAAGAUGUCUCAUUUACAUUAUUUACAGUUACUUCUAGCCAAUUGAGUUUUCAGUUUAUUCUAACUUAUUUGUUUAUUCUUGGUGUUACUAUACCAACCUAUAUGCUUGAUUUUCUUGAAUGUUAUCAAAGUUUUUUUUUAGUAAAAAAGUGUUCCCGUUCUUGUCUUUGUCAUUCAAAGUCUUUUACUAAUUUUGUAUGCAUUGAUUCAAUAUUGUUUGAUGGGCCUAAAUUGGUUAAAAGUUCUGUAUUGCUUGUUAGAGAAAUUUUUUCUCAAUGUAUGGGACUUGUUUCAGAAAAAUAUGUUACAGACCUUUCACAAAUUUGGCUUCACUUUGAAACAAUGUUAUUCUGUUUUGAGUUUGAAAAUACAAAUAAAGAACUUGAUAAGAAAUAUUGGAAAGAAAUUUUAAAGUUCAUUAAAAAUUUAUUGAAGUUGCCUUCAAAUCGUGGUUCUGUUAUGCUUUGGAAAAUGUAUGCAACAUUUGAAUGGAAUUUGGGUAAUACUGUUGACUCAAAUAAUAUAUUUUUUACAGCUAUUCAACUUACUGGUAAAGAUAAAAAACAUGGUAUAUAUCACUGUGCAGCCAUUACUAGAAAUCUUGCUGAACUUCUUGUGGACAUCAAUAAACAUGAAGAAUUGCACCAUAAAAAACAAGAUAUACAAAAGCUAUUUGUGGCCUUUGUUGAACCAAAUCAGCGAUUAACAGAAAAUUCUGAAGUCAGUUGUGUGAUGCUGCUGAAAGUAUAUUCUAUAUUAAAAGAAAAGUUAAAUGAUAUUAUUAUUGAAGUUAAUCGUUCUCAGUUGGUGAGCACUUCAUUCUCUAUGAUUCAAGAUUUUUUGUGUUGCUUUAUCUUAUUUGAAUAUUUGUAUAAUGGACCAAACAUAUUGCAAAAGCGUUUUGGUGAAUUUAUUAUUUUUCCUCCUGAUAUGGUUAAGCGAUUACCUGAUGUGUUUAUGUAUAUUUUGGUCUUGUUUAACAAUUUUUGUCAAUCGACACAUCGCCAUUUUUCUGAAUACAAAAAUAUGAUUUCAGAUUGUAUGCAGUAUUAUGGUAGUCAUCCCAUCUUUAAUGAUUUAUUUAUAUCAGCAUAUCGUCAUGGAUUUAACAGUUUACAUGCUCGCAGACAUUAUGAAAAGAUCAUUAAGGAAAACCCGCAUGAUAUCAACGUGUGGAUAAAUGCUGUAAAAUAUGAAGAAUCUAGACUUGCUUUUAUUAACUGCAAAAAUCACAGCGAGGUUGAAUUUCUCGAUCCGAGUUGUGGAAUACAAAAUCGUAUACGAUCUUUGUAUGGGAGAAUGGUUCAGGAAGAAACUAUAAUGCACUGUGCAGAUGUUUGGAUUCGUUUUAUCCAAUUCCAACUGGAGCAUGGAACUCUGAAACAAGCCAAAGAUGUUUUUUAUUUGUCCCUACGACUUUGUCCUUGUGUCAAGAUGUUAUACUUAUUUGCUUGCGAAAGACUGGAUGAAUUUAAUCAGCUGUUAGAGUUGAUGACUGAGAAAGAAAUACGUGUUAAAGUUAUAAUGGAGGAGCUUGAUGUUCUGCUAGAAGAUUAAGUAUUGACAAACAAAAUCAUUGCUUUUGUUUUUCAUAAAUUUGAUAAUUUUAAAUAUAUCAAGAAAAAUCAAGUGAUACAAAAAAAUUCACAAGUUAUUUUUGUGGUUUUUGAUAAUAACAAAAUUGAAAUAUUUGAAAAUAAUAAAGGCGAAAUUUAUAAAAGUAAUAAAAAUGAUGUUUGAAAAAAGUAAGGGUAUUUUAAAAAUAUUUGCGAAACAAACUUCAAAAGGUCAAAAGUUUGAAAAAAAGAUACAUAAAAAUUUAAACUUAAAAAUUAAAAAAUACAUAAAAACUUCAAAUCUUGUUUAAAAAUUUAAAUAAUGAAAUGAUGUAACACUUGUGAUUAUCACGAGUGAAAUAAAAAUUAUAAAUAUAUUAUAAUAACUUAUAAAAAAAAAAAAGUUUUUAACUAAAAAUUAUUUAUUUCAAUAAGAUUACUGUAAAUUUUAUAAUGAUGGUUUAAGUUACCACGAUGCUACAAAAAUAAAUAAGUUACACGUGACGAAAUACGGUGUUUUAAUACUAUGACUUUCGCUGCUGCUACACGCUCAUGCUGAGUAGAAAGAAAACGAACGCUAUAAAUAGAAUUUUGCACUGUGGAUUCGAACAGCUAAGAAUUGAGUUAUAAAUCUUUAUAUAUACUUAAUUUAUUUAUGUAAUAUUAAUAUGUUUAAAAUAUUAAUUAACCCGAUGGACAUAAAUUUUUCGCUACUGAAAAUACGAAACUUUGACGUAGUAAAAAAAAAAGAUGGUUUCUUAUUCUGACAUUGAAGAACAUUUAUCGAAAACGCGAAUUGAAGUUUUUAUUAUAUAUGAUAAACGAAGGUGGCAAGUUAAAGCUGGUAUCAAAAAAAUAUGGUGUCCUAUAUCAAAUGAAAAAAUACUUUUUUGGAUGGUAAAAAUGACAAUGAUGCCUUUUAAAAAACACGAGCGUCAAUUAUAUUUUAAAUCUGGAACAUCUCCUACAAAGACACUUAAAGUUGAUAAUGUUAUAGCCUACGUUCUUCCUCAAAUGUCGAUACGCUACCGCUUAUAUUGUAAAAUCGGUGUGUUUGGCCGUUUUAAGUUUGUUGGCGAAACAGAAGUAGGUCUAGGUAAUAUAUUUAAAAACAACGUUUUAGUUAUUCGAGAAUGGAAAUAUUUGAAUGGACAAAAAAGUUUAGAACACGAAACAUUGGUAUAAACUAAAAAAUAGUUGGUAAUUUUGUAAAUUUAAUCAUAUUAAAAAACAAGUUAAAGCAUA